CAGAGAGGCAGAACAGUCUGCACACAUCAUCAGCUUGUCUCUUUAGGAGGACGAGAGCAAGAGAGAGUGAGAAAGUGGGUUAAGAAGAGACAGACAGAAAAAAGAAAGAAAAGAGAAACUGCAUCAAAGAAAAGAGGGAGUUGUUGUUGAGCUGGGAAUCCAUCCAGCAGACUUCAGUUUGUGUCCAAAACCAGUUAAAACCAGAGUGACGGGGAGCCGUGAGUGGGAGGACAGACUGGUUUCUAGCCACAGGGAGUAGACUGCAAAGCACCAUGGCUGACAAUGUGAAUGAGGAGUCGGAUUAUACCCCCGGGAAAGAUGAGCUGGACUGGGGCUAUGAGGAAGGUGUAGAAUGGGGACUUCAUUUCCCAGCAGCCAAUGGCGAGUACCAGUCUCCCAUUAAUCUAAACUCCAGGGAGGCUCACUACGAUCCGUCACUCCUGGAUGUUGGAUUGUCACCAAACUACGUGGUGUGUCGAGACUGCGAGGUGAUCAAUGAUGGACACACUGUCCGUAUUAUUCUCAAGUCCAAGUCAGUGGUUACUGGAGGUCCACUGCCAAGCGAUCACGAGUAUGAGCUUCACGAGGUUCGAUUCCACUGGGGCAAAGAGAACCAAAGAGGAUCGGAGCACACGGUCAACUUCAAGGCUUUCCCUAUGGAGCUUCAUCUGAUUCACUGGAACAGCACUCUGUUUAACACACUGGAGGAUGCUCUAGGGAAGAAGAAUGGAGUACUUAUCAUAGCUCUUUUUGUGCAGAUUGGUAAAGAGCAUCUGGGACUGAAGGCCAUCACUGAAGUUCUCCAGGACCUGCAGUACAAGGGGAAGAGCAAGAUAAUCCCCUGCUUUAAUCCCAACACUCUGUUACCUGAUCCAUUACUGAGAGACUACUGGGUGUAUGAAGGAUCUCUGACUACACCACCUUGUAGUGAGAAUGUGACCUGGAUUCUCUAUCGUUACCCUCUCACCAUCUCACAGUUACAGGUAAAACAAAUAAAGCAGGUAAAGUAAAGCAUCCUCUGCCUUUUUAAGGUUUUUUUUGUUUUAUUUAUUUUUCU